GGUGACAGCAUCUCGCAUCCGUGUUGCGCCGAGUUUUCCGUUAUCCUUGCUUCUGACAUUCACCGCCCGUGGCGCCGUUGUAGCGUCGCUGCAGCGCCCGCCCGAUUUGUUCUUCAGGCGUUAUGCCAGCUGCUGGCGGUUGAUUCAAUUUCGUAUUCGAUUUUAAACGGGUUUUCGUGGAGCGUUUUUUUCUUCUUCCGGGUUGACGACGUAAAACACAUGUCGACAUGGGACAGUACCUGAGCAGGUCGUUCAGCGAAAGCAGCGCUAUGCCGGCCCAAAGUACUCCGCUGCCUGUGAGAAGAAACGCCAAAGUGCUAACCUUGUCGGAAUUGGAUCCUCGUUCCCCUACCACCGAGAUUCCGAGAACGCCCAUACAAAUGGAAGACGCAGUGAUGUUUGAUAGCUCAACAGAAGAAGCUGAUGUAGAGUUUGAUCCAAGGUCCCCAACAACGGCAUUCCGGCGAACUCCAAUACCUCUGGGAGCCAUGAUCAAAAAGAAUGUGCAGCAAGAAAGUCCAAUGGCUCAGUAUUGUGAAAAGAAACGUACACCUAUGAGUGCCUUGAACAGCCCAGGCACAACGGUGCACAAAGAAAGAAAGACGAAAAAAUCCCAGGAAGACCUUAGUGGCACGCAUAAACAGUCGACACCGAGCAGCGUGCCGACAAGUGAACGCCCUGCAUUGAAGAACACAAGCCGGCCAAACACCCUACUGAGGUCUCUCCAGGAAAAUCAUUUACAGAGAGCUGGCAAAGCAGACCUCGCGGCUCUGCCUAAAAUGCCCAACUUCUCGGAGGAGAAGGAGAACCGCAUCACACCAGCAAGUGCUUGAUGCCACACCUAACCAGUGCACACGUUUGGUUAUAUGUCGGUGUGCAUAUUUUAUCUUCAGGCUUUCUCUUUUAUUUUUUAAAGUUUACCUCAGGGUAUCUACAAAAAUUUAAAGGCACAUGCAAAACAUGCAGAACUUCCAUGUGAUCUGAGAGAUAACUGAUGUACUGCUCCUGCCUCGAAACUGUGGUGUGUAUGGUGUUACAUAAACAAAAUAUAAAAAAUAAUGAAUGUUUUGUUUCUUGUGAGUGCUCUCAGUUGAAAUCCCAAGUAAUGAUGUGCCUGUUAAAGAGAAUGUUAACCUAAUAUGUAAGCACAGGCUGCAGUUUGGUCAUAAGUGGCCGCACACAAUAGGUAUAAUAUAUACAGCAUUCAAAUUCUUGUAGCGCUAAUGGCUGACUUUAUCAGCUUGAUGUCAGUUUCAGUGGAUGCCCUGGUAAAUCAUUCUUUUUUUACCUUUUUCAAGCUUAGCAGCUUCCCUCUCACACGAGUUGAAGCAGCCAGAUGACAAUAUCAGCUACAGUGAUCUCAUUUCAGUGUGACGACAUGUCCUUUUCAAGGGUCCUGUCAAUGUCUUUGUGUGCAUGGGUGUGGUUACUCUGCUUGCUUCCCUUUGGCAGAUACCGUCUCGGCGUCUGAUGGAAAAGCUACACUUAUGCUGUCUGGGUAGUUCGAGAGUGGCUUGGUGUGCUAUUUUAGUCUUUGGCUUCACUUGUGGAUGGAUGGAUGAGUCGCUUUGCUGAGAGUGUGGUGUCCUCACGUAUUCUCCAGGACUGCUUUUUUGACCACUAUUUGGAUGCUUUGCUCAAGAAAGUGCAGAGCCUCCAGUUUUGCUACAUUUUACGCACUGACUGUACAAAUCUUUUUUUCAAAAUCACGCUGAAUAAAGCAUGUUGCACAGUUUGGCUUUAUGGA